UUCUUUUCAAGUUUGCAUCUCAUAAAUAUGCAUUUGAAUUUUGUAGUAAUAAGAAAAAGUAAAGUUAGAGUUACUUUUCUGGCUGUAUUGGCUGAAGUUAACUAUAGACGAUCAAUUUAACUAUUUUUCAUUUAAUUUUCUCUUUAUUUUACUAAGAAAAAGUAUUUUGAAUUCAAUUUUUCUAUAAAUGAGCAUAAAUAAUCAUGAUGGAGUAUAUGGCCCGGGAACCCCCGGCCCACAGACUCCUACUACUCCAGUAAAGGCCCAACAGGCCCAAAUCAUGGCGCCCGGAGUACCAAGCAGCCCACAGCGCACCAGGGGUGCCUUCGACCCCCUGGCCGAAGGCUCUAAAAUCUCACAGAACGGGUUUCUCAAGCAAACUAAGAAACUGGGAGAAAACGGCGAGAACAGUAGCCCUCGGCACCAGGGUGCCCUCGGUUUGAGGAGCCCUCGGCUACUGCUCUAUAGCCGAAGGCACCUCACUCGACAAGAUCUCCUCUUCACGCGCGUACAGAUCACCGUACCCUGUACAACGUCCCAUCCAACAGCCGCAUUAAAUGCGGCCACAUGCGGUUGCCAGCGCCAACCGGAUGAGGUGACCUCUCGGCCAAUGGAUGCUUGACACGUGUCCCUGUCCGACAUUUAUUGCUACUAUAAAUAGCACCCCCUUUUCCCCGUUGUAAACCACGACAUUCAUACUCAAUACACUCUCUCUCUUACUUACUUGUGCUCUGACUUCUCUCUAAGUUAUUCCCUGCAAUAACCCUCGGAUAAGCUACCCCCGGGUAUACUAUCCAUCAUUUGGUGCUUUCAUUGAGAGGUCGAACAAUCGAGUAAGAAACCCUCCCCCAUCGCCAAACACUAGCCCUCCACCAAAAUGGUGAGAACAACACGUGCCAACUCCAAAAACGUAGAAGACAAGAACCUGGCCCUCGGCGACGUCAACGCCCCCGAAGCCUCUCACAGGGCUCCCGAGGGCGGUGUCAUCGCUGGGCUGGAACAGGCGGCUGUCGACCUACGCCUUCAGAUCCAACAGAAUGCCCCCGAUGCCCGCCUCGGCAUCGAGGCCAAGAAGAAAAACCGGAGCGAUGACCAAGUCAGCCCUCCGGUUCUCACCAUCGACGUGCAAUCGGCGCUCUCCGCCUUCAUCCAAACGCUCACUCAGAACCCGGGUGCCUUCGGCACCCUGGCUCCGGCUCAACCCCAGGUUGGGGAGAACAUCAUACUUCCCCCUCUGCCACACCCCUUCGGAAAACCCCACCCCUCGGGUUAGGAACGACGAAGGGGUAGUGGCCCAAGGUACGUCCUCCCAAGAAGUUCAGUCCCGGGACCGCCACAAUGACAACAGAGAAAGGCCCCGCACUUCCGCCCUCAACCGGCUCGGAGGAGGGCCAGACCGCCGAGGGGUCCAAGACCGCCUCGGAGGGAAAGCACUCCAAAGGCCCCAGGAAAGUGGAGGGUCUGUCUCGAGGGCAGACGAGGAGCGUGCCCCUCGAGACAAAGGCAAGGCACCCCUUCAUGCCGAUGAUGCUCGCCACCAAAUCAACCAGGCCCACUCGGCCCGGGUUUGUUCGCAGGGGGCGGAGACCCUCCCGAAGGAUCCCCGGGACGAAAUUAUUGCGGCCCUCCAACGCCGGCUUGACGAAAUGGAGGCCAACAAAGCUCACGCCGCCACCUCCACUCCUCAUUCAGACCUCAAAUACGAGGCCAUGAUGGCCAAAAUGGAGGAAUUACAGAAGAAGGUGGCUGAGGGCUCCGGGGAACCCGUCAUCCAGCUCCGGACCCGGACGCCAUUUACCCCAAGGGUACUGGCGGCCCGGAUCCCGGAAAAAUACCGAGGGCAACACAACAGCCCUACAACGGGAAGACGGACCCCCAGGAACACUACAGCAAAUAUCAGAACAGCAUGAUGAUGGUAGGGGCGUCGGACGAAUAUUUGUGUCGUUGGUUCCUCUCCACCUUAGAGGGGCCGGCAUACGAAUGGUUCAACCGGUUGCCCGAGGGCUGCAUUGAUUCGUGGCAAGAACUCGCCCAGCGAUUCUUGACACAAUUUGCCGGGAGGCGUCGCACGAGGAAGCACUUCUCCCACCUCCUAACCAUACGCCAGAAGAGGGAUGAGACCCUUCGGGACUUCUUGGAACGCUGGAGAACGGAGGCCGACAAAGUCGACGGUGCUAACGACGGGACCCUCCUGGCCCUCCUGCAAACCGUCCUCCACACCGGUAACUUUUCAAGGAGCCUCAUCAUUGAACCCCCCCCCCCCCCCCCCCCGCGACUACAUAAGGGCCCUGCAGCGGGGGGACCGAUACGCUGAGGCCGAGGAGGUGGAGAAAUACCAUCAGCACCCAGAUCAGCAACCCCCGAGGGCUGACAAUGAGAACAACCGGGGGCCGGGGGCUCCUCUGAAUCACCCCAAGUCUUCAGGACCCUCUGAUGACCGCCCUCGGCAAGGCCAAACCAAGCCCGGGGGAGGUUACAAGAGCAGCCCCAAGACUUGGGCACAACCCAUUCUCCUGGACCGCCCCCGGACACCAUUGACGCACCCCGUCAGCAUCAUCCUUGAUUUUGUCGAAGAGAGGGGCCUUGUUGAGCGCGAUUCUCGCGCACCCCCGGAAGUACAUGCUAUCAACCCUCAGUUCCCCUACUGUCGUUUCCAUCGGCAUCAGGGGCACAGGACCGAUGACUGCCACCAGCUAAAAACAGCCAUCGAGAGAUUAAUACAAGCGGGACACCUGUCCCAAUUUGUUCAGAGCCCUCGGCAGGAGGGACCUUCUCAUCAGGGGCCUCCCCGAGGGCACCACACGAAGGUGAACGCUUGGGUGAAUCCGAACACCAUCCCCCUCGGCAAGAAGAGGGAGAUCGGAAACUUGGAAGAAGAAGAGGAGGAGUAUCCCCAUUACCAGGAGAAAAAACGCCACAUCCUCAUGAUCACCGGUGGCAAUACAGGGGGCGAUUCCACCAGCCAGCGAAAGAAGUGGGCUCAAUCGCUUUACGUGGCGGAAGUCACUCAUAUGCCCCCGGUAAAGCGACUGAGGGAGGAACCCAUCACCUUCACCAACGCAGAUCUCCCUCCUACUUCUUCUCCUCACAGGGAUGCCUUGGUGAUUCGGACUGAAAUAAACGACACCAUCAUUCACCGAACUUACAUUGACACGGGCAGUUCCGUCAAUGUAAUGUACCUCAGCACCUUCAGAGAGCUGCAUCUGGAGAGGUGGUCCCUUCGGCCCAUUAAGACCCCUCUUGCCGGCUUCACCGGCGACACUAUUGAUUCCGAGGGGGUAAUAACCCUCCCGGUGAUCUUCGGCGACGGGCUCCAUAGAGCCCAGCUCGAAGUGGAGUUCGUCGUCGUAAACAUCGACUGCGCCCACAACAUCAUCCUCGGCCGGCCAGCCCUUGAGGACCUCGAGGCUAUCAUCUCCAUGAGGCACCUCUGCCUCAAGUUUCCCGCUGAGGGGGGCAUUGGCUACUCCCGGGGGAAUCAGAAAAUCGCCCGCGCCUGCUAUCUUCAAGUCACUAAGAAGGUAAGUAAGACGGAAUUCCGUGUUGACACCAUCACCGGAACCAUCGACCAAGAAGAAAAAAGGCCGAGGGCUGAACCAGCCGAGGACGUAGAAGACUUUGCGCUCGAUCCGGCCCAGCCGGAGAGAGUCGUGAAGAUUGGAGCCCAGCUCCCUGAAGAUCAGAAGACCGGUAUCACCGACGCCCUCCGCGCCUACUCCACUGUCUUUGCAUGGGGGCCGGAGGACAUGCCGGGAAUCAGCCGAAGGGUCAUCACCCACCGCCUCUCGGUGGACCCCUCGGCAAAAGCAGUACAGCAGCGAAGAAGACCCCUCUCCGCAGAAAGGAGGGAAUUUGUGAAGAAGGAGGUCGCCAUGCUCCUCUCUAUUAAGCACAUCAAGGAGGUAAAAUACCCCUCAUGGCUGGCGAACGUAGUCCUCGCACAGAAGCCUCCUACCUUCCGCAUGUGCGUGGACUACACCGAUCUCAACAAGGCGUGCCCUAUGGAUCCAUUCCCCCUACCAAAUAUUGAUCAACUGGUGGAUGAGACCGCAGGGUGUGAGAUCAUGUCCUUACUCGAUGCCUUCCGAGGGUAUCACCAAAUUUUCAUGCACGAGGAAGACGCCGAAAAAACUGCCUUCAUGACUCCCGAGGGCAUCUUCUGCUACCUAGUAAUGGCCUUCGGCCUAAAGAACUCGGGGGCCACCUACACCCGGAUGGUGGCCCGGGUCUUUCAAGCCGUCCUAGGGCGCACCAUGGAGGCCUAUGUCGACGACAUGAUCGUCAAGAGCAAACAAUCUUCCAGCCAUGCUGACGACCUCCGGGAAAUCUUCGCCAUCAUGCAAAAGUUCAACCUUCGGCUAAACCCGAAGAAGUGCACCUUCGGCGUCCAAGGGGGCAAGUUCUUGGGCUACAUGGUGAGCCGAAGGGGUAUUGAGGCCAAUCCCGAGAAGAUCCAGGCCAUCAUCAACAUGGAGCCCCCACGCAAUGUGAAGGAAGUUCAACGGUUGAUGGGCCGCCUGGCAGCCCUCAACCGCUUUCUAUCUAAAUCAGCGGAGAAAUCUCUACCCUUCUUCCAGAUCAUGAGGAAGACGGCUGGCUUUCUAUGGACUCCGGAAUGCCAGGGGGCUUUCGACGAACUCAAGCGAUAUCUAUCUUCACCCCCUGUGCUCUCAAAACCAAAGGUAGGGGAGACCCUCUAUCUCUACCUUGGGGUCAGCCCGGCAGCCAUCAGCUCCGUACUCAUCCGGGAGGAAGACGGCAUCCAACAUGCCAUCUUCUAUGUAAGCAAGACCCUAAGGGAGGCCGAGCUCAGGUACUCUCUUGUGGAAAAAACAGUGUUAGCCAUCGUUUGGACCGUCAAGAAGUUGGGCCACUACUUUCAGGCUCACCCGGUUCAGGUCCUCACUCAUCAACCCCUCGGCGCCCUCAUGAGGAGCCCCACCAGCUCCUCCCGCAUGGUGAAAUGGGCUAUCUUCUUGAGCCAGUACAACAUUGACAUCCGUCCAAGGCCUGCCAUCAAGGGCCAAGCCCUGGCGGACUUUGUGACGGAGUGUACCGCAAGGGCAGCCACGGACGGGGAGCCCUCGGUUGCCUCGGACGACUGGUGGACCCUCUACACCGACGGCUCCUCCGCGAUCAAAGCAUGCGGGGGAAGGGUGGUCCUCAUUACUCCCGAGGGCUUCAGAGCCUAUUAUGCAAUCCGCUUCUCUUUCAGAGUCUCCAACAACGAGGCCGAGUAUGAGGCCCUCCUAUGUGGCCUUCGGCUGGCUGCCAACAUGAAGGCUCGACAGAUCCACAUCAAAUGCGACUCCAAGUUGGUCGUUGGCCAAAUCUCCGAGGAAUAUGAGGCCAAGGAGGGAAGAAUGAAACAGUACAAGGAAGCGGCCAAGGAGUUGCUUAAGGUAUUUGAGGCACAUUCUCUCACUCAAAUACCGAGGGCUCAGAACUCCGAGGCCGACAUACUAUCUAAGCUCUCGGCCGAUUCCCCCGAGCACAUCUCUAAGAUUGCUAAAAUUGAGGAACUCAGUCUCUCAAGCAUCCAUGCGAGCCCCGUCAUGAACAUACAACAACGCCAAGAGGACUGGAUCUCGGAUAUCAUCACCUUCAUCUCCACAGGGCAGCUACCCGAGAACGAGACCCGCGCUAAACUAGCAAGACUGAGGGCUCCUAGCUAUACCAUCGAAGACGGAAGGCUCUACAAACGGUCCUACAAUGGCACGCUACUUCGGUGCCUUCAUCAGGAUGAAGCUGAGGUCGCAAUGGAGGAGGUGCACAGUGGCACUUGCUCGGCUCACCAGGGACCCUUCUCCAUGUCCCGAAGGCUCAUUCUCCAGGGCUACUUCUGGCCAACCAUGGCCAGGGAUUGUGCUGACCUUGCCCGAAGGUGCACCGCAUGCCAACAUUUCCAGAAAGCCCCCGACAGGCUAGCGGUCAACUAUGCCCCCAUCAGCACAUCCGUCCCCUUUUCUCGAUGGGGGAUAGACCUUGUGGGCCCUCUGCCGAGGGGUACCUCCAACAACAGGUACAUCAUUGUGGCCAUCGACUACUUUACCAAGUGGGUGGAGGCUGAGCCCCUCGCCAGCAUCACAGAGGCGAAGUGUCGUCACUUCGUUCUCAAGAACAUCCUCACAAGGUUUGGCGUCCCCCAGCAGAUCAUCUCCGACAAUGGAACACAAUUUGAGGCAACCCCCUUCUGUGCCCUUCUGGAGGCAUGGGGCAUCAAACACACCUUCUCCUCCGUUGCCUACCCUCAAGGCAACGGGCAAGUAGAGAACGCCAACCGGACCUUGCUCGAGGGCCUCAAAAAGAAGCUGGAGGCUGAGGGCGGUGGCUGGGUGGAAGAACUCCACAACAUCCUUUGGGCCUACCGCACCACCCCUCGGCGAGCAACAGGUGAAACACCCUUCUCCCUCUGCUACGGUUUUGAAGCCAAAGCUCCUACGGAAGUCACCCUUCCCACCCGAAGGGUGAUCCAAUAUGACCCCGAGGUCAACGACAGCAACAUGGCCCUCGACCUCCACCUCCUUUCAGAACGCCGGGAGCAAGCCUUCAUCCGGGCAGAGAACUACCGAAGGCAAGUCAAAGGCUACAUCGACGCCAAGGUUCGCACCCGAGAAUUUCAAGUGGGGGACUAUGUCCUCCGGAGGAGGGAAGCCAGCCAACCAACCGAGGGAGGAAAAAUGGCACCAAAAUUCGAAGGCCCCUACAUCAUAGCAGCCAUCAUCAAGCCCGGGACUUACAAGCUCAAACACCCCAACGGGAAAGAGGUCCCUAGGCACUGGAAUGUACACCACUUAGUUAAAUUUUAUCAAUAAUGUAAGAGCGGCCAAGCCCUCAUAACUAGUGAAUGUACUAUCCUAUGGCCCAAGGCCUCCAAUUUUGAAGAAUGAAGACACAUUCAAGACAUUAGGAACAAAACACUUAUGAGCGGCCAAGUCCUCGUACUGACUACAGGCCCCAGGCCUCACCACGAGGAGUACCCCCUCCGGCACCAAGUGCCGAGGGCGGACACCAUCAACACCUACGACAACAGUGAAAACACCAUGUGUUUUCAGUCAAGACCCCUCGGUACCAAGUACCGAGGGAGGGAACUCCCAUCACCGACGACAAGAAACACCAAGUGUUUCAUUUCCCUUCGGCACCCAGUGCCGGGGGUACACAUCUCCACCUUCAAACAUCAUAAAGAAGAACACCAAGUGUUUCUACAGAGGACCCCUCGGUACCAAGUACCGGGGGUACACAACUCACCCAUCAACGUCAAAUAGAAGAAGAACACUAGGUGUUCCUACAGAAGACCCCUCGGUACCAAGUACCGGGGGCUACAUAUCGAAACUAACACCAAGUGUUGUUUCUAAAGCCGUACCCCACGAGGACGCAUAUACCGAAGGCGCCACCAUCGGUGCCGGCGGCACGUAGUGCCCCCGGCCAUUUGCAACUAAUGUGCAAAUGAAAACCCUUCCUUGAAACGCUUUCCGCGUCACUACCCCCAGGGUAUGACAGGCAUGAGAAAUGCCCAGGAUUCGACUUUCAAAAACGGAACGCUUUCCGCGUCAUCACCCUAAGGAUAUGACAGGCACGAGAAAUGCCCAGGAUUCGACUUCCAAACCGAAACGCUCCCCGCGUCACCACCCCAAGGGUGUGGCAGGCCACGGACUAUGUCUAGCGCCGAGGGGACGACUUUCAAAAAUGAGGCGCUUUCCGCGCCAUCCCCCAAGGGGAGGCAGGUUACAGACCAUCAUAUCUUGUACCCAGGAAACGACCCUCGAUCCCCUCGGAACUCGGAAGGUUAACCCGAGGGAGGAGAGCCAUUGGUGUAUUCUGAUGGUCUCCUGAUAGGCCCAGCCUUACCAAGAAACCAAGUUUCUUGAUGUCUUCCCUUCACCACCAACCAAAAAAAAAGGGUGAAGGGGAGUAGACUCAGCGAGAAAUCAAAGAGUACACUCCAACAGAUCACAACAUGCCGAGGGCUCCCCACGGGAACACCUCCGGUAACUGAAGGCUCCUAUUUCCCGAAGGAUACUACUCAAACAAAGAUCAUCAAGAAACGGCUAAGUCCACUGCUUGGUCACCUCCGGUCACACAAGCACUGAAGGCGUCAACAAUACAAAGGGACUUGACUAUCCAAAGUCCACUAAACGGUACUUCAAACAAAUACCGAAGGCAUCUGUUAUGCACUAAUACCGAGGACCCCUACCCCUUUACAAGGAACACAACUGGCUAAGUCAAACUCUACAACUUUUCAAAUGAAUGCCGAGGGCACAUACUCCUCACCGGCUUUCUUUAGAACAACAGGAUUCCACACUUUUCCUAAGUCCACACCUUCGGAAAACGACAACAAACCGGAGGCUAAUAUAUCACUAGACAACCGAAGGCAUCUAUUACAAAUCAUCAAAGGCCAACCGAGGGGGCUUAUUCCAAAAUAUUUGCCCCUCGGACGGACUCCUCACUGACCGAAGGUUCAACAUCAACGACACACUUUGAAAUUCUUCUAAGUCCCACAUAUUUGGCUCUCGGUCAAAUACUCAUACAACACAAGGGCCUCACGAUCACCCGAAGGGUCCUAUUCACAUACCCGGAGGGAUCUACAUCCGGAAACUCAACAUCAAUUUACGCUUGGAAAAAAUUCUAAGUCCUAAAGAUUGGGCCCCCGGCCCAAUCAAUAUUACAACUAAGGGAAUAUGAUAGCCGAAGGCUAUGCGAUACAACAACACUUAGAAAAUUUUCUAAGUCCUACAUAUUGUUCCCCCGGUCAACUACUCAUACAUCAAGAAGGGAUACCAUCUCCCGAAGGCUCCCAAAGGAAAAUCUACACUUAGAAAUCUUUCUAAGUCCUACAUAUUUCACCCUCAUCUCAAGGGACCUAAUAGCCGAAGGCUACCUAUCAAUCAAAGGCUACAGUAUACAAGGAAUCAACACUUAGAAAAAUUUUCUAAGUCCUAAUUAUUGCUGAGCCCUCGGGUGCCCAACUACCGAAGGCUACAACCGUGUUCAAACACUUGGAAAAUAUUCUAAGUCCUAGACAUACAUUCAAAAAGGGCGAAGGCAUACACUCAAGAAAAAACGACGGCAUACAUUCAAGAAGGAAUGAAUUAAAUCAAACAAGUCAUAUAUAUACAAUGCCCGAAGGCUAACACUCAUCCAUCAAUCACCACAAAAAGGAGUAAAUGUAAUUGUUACAAACAGGCCGAAGCUGAAGGAUCAAUGGUGUUCAUUACAACAGAAGUUUCAAAUAUUUACUAAGUACAGGUUACAAAUCAACAACGGCAUUCCCGGAGGCGUCCUCUACUGCAGGCUUAGAUGCGGCAUCAUCCCCGGUUUCCUCCUCUUCGUCACUGCCCUCAGCCAUCAGCAUGGAGUCUUCCAAAUCAGGCCUCGCAACACCUUCAGGGAGGGGAACCCUGGGGUCUGGCUGAAGGGGAGGGAGUCCAUAGGAUGCCGGAUCAAAGGCCUUCGGGUCCACCCCAAAAUGCCGGGACAACCUUCGAUAUACAAGGGCCUGAGUAAAGUACUCACCCCCGUCAUAAUACUCUUUCCCCUUUCGGGCCAACCACAUUACGCCUGGGCCUUUCACCCAUUCGUUCACCGAAGCUUCCACCACCGAAGCCACCCAUUCCUGCCGACCUUCGGCUUUCCAUCCCUCCUCAGCAAAAGCGGCAACAGCGUCCUCCCGGGCUUCGGCGACAGCUUUGAUCCGGGCCUCCUCGGCAUCCUUCGCGGCUUUCUUGGCAGCAUCGGCCGCAGCCUUCUCCGCUUCUGCCUUGCCUUCGGCCCUGGCCACCGUCUUGGAGCCCUCGAGGAUUUCUUUGAAAGCCUCUUGCUCAGCUUUGCGAGCGUCCUCGGCCUCUUUGAGCUGCCUUCGGGCCUCAGCCAGUGCUUCAUCGGCUUUCUUCUUCUCCGAGUCAUACUGCUCUAUCCUCUGGACCAGCUCGCCAAGGCCAAGGCUUGCCUGAAAGCAAACAUGAAUUACCGGAGGUUAAGCCACUACACACGUAAAGAAGAAGUUACCUACAAAAGAGAGGGAGGGAACCUUACCGUAACCGAGGCCAUCAGAACCUUAGAGCAUAGGACAUCGUCGGCUUGACGGGAGAGCACAGACUUAUCGGUCGGAGGGGUGGCACCCCUCAAAAACUCCUUCGGGUUCAGGGUCCCGUGCAUGAUAGCAGUCCCCUUCGUGAUGGAGAAUUGGACCUUGUCCAGGGGCCAUGUCAGAUCAGUGGCUUGACCUGAAGGCUUGGGGGGAGAAGAUUCAUCUACGACCACAACAGGGGCUUCUUUCAACUCCGGGGCCCCCUUCUUCUUCUUCUUCCCCUCCGGUUGUGCCGGGUCCUUCCCAAGCCUUUUCCUCUUCGGUUCCAGACCGGGGGAGCCCCCGACGGCGGCCUCCGGGACGGGCCCCACCUCCUUGGCCUCUUCGGCCGCUCCCGCCUUGGGGAAGAUCUCAUCGACCGCCCUCUGCUGUGCGGGGCCUCCUUCUUCUGCUCUUCCCUGGCAAGUUGUCUCUUCAGCUUGACAAGGUUCCGAGCGUCCAUAUCUGGUCCUGAAACACAAGAAGGCACACAAGGGUUAGUUCACUACUACAACAAAGCAAAAAAAAAAAGAAAUUUUUCUAAGUAUGAGAAUUGAAGCCCUCGGCAUUGCAACAACCUUCGGCACUCUCAUAUACGCGAUCAAUCAUGGGGUAGCCUUCCUCCUUCUCCCCCAUCAGCCGGUACCGACGGAAGCCGAGCUUGUACAACUCACUGGAGAGCGUUGCGCCUUUGAUGGACACAUGCUUAUCGGACCCCUCCGGCUUCUUGGACAACACCCGCCCAUUUUUCUCGAGGGCAUACCCUUCUGCCUUCAGGUGCCGCCGAAACCUAUCACCAAGCGGGGCGGAGAAGGGGUUCUCGGCCAAACGGAUAUAGCAGAACUUGUCUUUCCACCCCUUGUGAGACGAAGGCGCCUCAUCAAAAAUCCUGAACUUCGGGAGCUGCUGCAAAUUACCAUAGCCCCCGGCAUUCGAAUGCCCCCCCCCCCCCCGACACAAGUUGAACGACAGAAAGAAUUGCUCCAGAGUAGGGGGGACCCUUCGGCUGAGGCACAGUGACAGGAACCCUGCCAGAUAUGAGUGACUGUUCGGGGUCAACUGGCAGGGGGCUAGCUUGACGAAGCGUAGAUAUUCUAACACGAAGGGAUGAAGGGGAAAUCUGAGACCCAGCUCCACCGAAAGCAGAUGUACGGCAAAACAGCCGUCGGGGGCACGAAGGAGCACAUCAUCCGGCUUUGGCUCUACCACUUGCGCCGAAGGCCCUACCAAAAAUUGUACCGCCAUCAUUUCCCCUCGGGUAGCUUUAUUUUUGACCUCCAAGGCGGCCGUAUUCAGGAAAGAAUAGCCCUCGGGCAGUCCCACUGGCUGGCCAGCGUCGUCGGCAGCUUGCUUCUUCUUCGGAGCCGUCCUCGCCUUCUUUCUCUUCUGCCCUGGGGCCACACUGAGGGGUACAGCGUCUAGAGGCCGGGAGCUCCCAGCUUCAGUAUCACACCGAGGGGGAGGGAUAGCUACAGUCACCUUCAGGCCCUCCUUCUGGGCCUCGUCCUCGGCCACUUGACAGGCGAUAGCAAGCUCUUCAUCCGCGUUCACCUGCUCGAAGUCUUCGGCCUCGAGCUCAAGCCGAAGGUCACCCUGUAUCGCCUCGGCUACGGCCCUAUCAUCGAUGACCGAGAGCUGCUCGCUCGAGGAUUCCACGUCAGACGCCACUUCAACGUUCACUGAAGCCUCCCCGGAGAUGUCUUGGGAAUCACUAGCUGACGACAUUACUUCUAAAAGGCGAGGGGUCGGGAAACUCGUACAAAGGGGGGUUCCUGAAGGGUCCUAGAGACUAACCCUAAGGCCAAAAGCUAAAUACUCAAAUGGAGCUAAGGGCGGAAGGAGAACUGACCUCGGAAAGUUGCUGUGAUCGAGGGUGAUUUUCUCUCUCUAGAAAAAUUCCGACAGAGCUUCGCUAAGACAGAUGAUCGCACAAGAAGAAAUGACUCUGGCUCCGGGGUAUUUAUAGGCGCUGGAAUCCGGGCUUGGGCCCGGAAACCGGGCCUCCGGACUGACCGUCAUCAUUACGCGCCGUGUUUUCACCCAACCGGUGACGCCGCCCACGGGCAGCCAACCGUCACGCGCCACGUAUCCUCCUCCCCCAACGGCUAUAUCCCGCCGAUACAUAUUCCAACGGCUAUAUUUCCAACGGCUAUAUCCUGGAAGCCCCCGGAUUUUCUUACUUCACUCCACUUCAUCAAGGAGAGCCUCCGGGUACACUUACCCAGAGACGCCCCCGGUUUGUGCCCCACACAGUACAUAACGGACGCCUUCGGCAUCACUCCGUCAGAAGCCCAAGGCUUCAUAUGGGGCCACCCCUCGGGGAUUCCCCCUCAGCACUGUAAGGGCCGAAUUGCCCCCGGGAAGUAUGCCUCAUUGACGGACAGCCUACAACAUGCAGGUAAUGGGAGCCCCCGGAUAUCCCCAUCACCAACUAAUCAACAAGCAGGGGACCCCCCGGUGACAAUUCAACUACUGCCCUCAUCCAUCGCGCCCUCGAUCUCCAGAUUGAGGGGCUCCCCUCUGGCGCCCCCGGGACAUCAACAGCGAGCCUUCGGCUAAUCAACAAAUGAGCCCUCAGAAAAAGGAGAGCCUUCGACAUUACCGUUAUUCUCCAUUUUUUACCAAGGUUUCACAUUUUCGAUUCAUCGUUGGGGGAAUUCGGUGCACUCUUUUUCCCUCAUCAGGAUUUUUUCCCACAGGGUUUUUCCUAAUGAGGUUUUUAACGAAGGCACCUUACUCGACAAGAUCUCCUCUUCACGCGCGUACAGAUCACCGUACCCUGUACAACGUCCCAUCCAACAGCCGCAUUAAAUGCGGCCACAUGCGGUUGCCAGCGCCAACCGGAUGAGGUGACCUCUCGGCCAAUGGAUGCUUGACACGUGUCCCUGUCCGGCAUUUAUUGCUACUAUAAAUAGCACCCCCUUUUCCCCGUUGUAAACCACGACAUUCAUACUGAAUACACUCUCUCUCUUACUUACUUGUGCUCUGACUUCUCUCUAAGUUAUUCCCUGCAAUAACCCUCGGAUAAGCUACCCCGGGUAUACUAUUCAUCAAAUCAAUCUAGCUACUUCAGCCAGAACAUCAAUUUCAGUAGAAUCAGUCGAUUCAGCCAAUUUUAGUAUUACUACGUAUCAAACAAGCGCUCAAACUCUAAGCGAGCUCUUCUUCUUAUUUCUUCUCCGUUUCUUCUUUCAAUUGGACAUAAUAUGUAUCUCUCAUGCUGUUGUUUUCAUUUAAUUUGGUAUGUUAGUUUCCAAACGAUGUCCAGAGUUGAUGUAUUCCUCAUUGGCGGAUCGAGUUAUCGAGUAUUUAUGUGUUUGACUAGCAAUUGUGUACCUAGUUUUCUUUUUUGGAAUUUUGAAGUUAAGUAAUUGUGGAUGUAUAAGAGGUCUUGGUUAUUCACCCCUCUUGAAUCACACUCAGGUACUAGUAUUAUGAGAUGAAAAUGGUGCUUGAAUGGGUGUCUAGUCUAGUGUGAUUUUAACAAACUCUUCUAGAAGCAAGAAUUCUGUUUGUUCCUUUCUGGUCAUGGGACGAAUGAAAUACAUGCACUUUUGGAGAUAUACUUUAAUUUUUCCUUGGCGGAUGGCCAACUUGACUAGAGUGAUUUGUGGAUCACUAAUGUUGAUAUGAAGUUGUUCGAUUUCUUUGAAUUCUAUUAUACCAUUCGUACUAUUUGGUUUUUCACAUAAGACAUUUUUAAUUAGAGUGUUUUAAUCGGAGUUUUUCACACACACUAGAUCAGAUCAAAUCAAAUUUAGAUACACUAGUCAAAUCAGACGAAAUCAGGUCGAAAUUAGACAAUAGUAGAAUACACAUAAAACAUUUUGUUAUCAUACCAAAUUAGAUCAAAUCAGACUUAAAUAAACGAGACUAGAAAAUCUCAAUCCAAUUAAAAUAGAGUAAAUUCCCUAAAUAGGAGUAAAAAACUUUUGAAAUUCCAAAAUAGAAGUAUCAUGUUUUCAUUCUCUAAAUAGGAGUAAAUUUCUGCCAAGUUUGGAUUACUAAGCUAUGGCAUUUUUUUCCAAACUUGGCAGAUUACUCCUAUUCAAGAAAUAAAAAGCAUGAUACUCCUAUUUUGGAAUUUCAGAAUGUUUUUGCUCCUAUUUAGGGCAAUUUCUAAUUAAAAUAUUAUUACUUUUGUUCUUUGUGAUUUAGCUUUCUGUGAGGGUAAACUUUUAUUAAGUUCACUUCUAGUGAGGUUAUACUUGGCUUCAAGAUGCUCACAAGUGGUUAGCAGUUUGAGAUGAUUUUCGUGAGUGGUCGAUUUUACGUCUUCUCGUAGAAUUAUUGUGGGGGUUGAGUAGUAUACCAUAACUGUAAUCAUGAUUGUUUCAGAUUUGAUUAUUUCAAUCGGACUGUUUGUACCAAUAAAAAGAAGUUUGUGUCUCUCAAGUGAUGCGUCAUAAUACAAGUUUAUUGUCAUAAAUUUGUGAUGUUCUUUUGUAGUUAGCUAAUUUUGAUUUUUCUUGUUAAUAAUGAUAAAGUUAUUGGAGUACAUUUUAUUCAUUGAAAAUAAAUAGAUCAUGGAGGAGGUCACAGAUUCGAAAAUCAUCUCAAUCAAGGAUGUUGACAUUUAACAAAACAAAUACUAUGAAAAAGGAGAGUACAACCAAAAAAAGUUUACAAAGCAUUUAAAGGAUAACACUUAGUUACACACUUACACUUGAUGAAACAA